CCCACGCAGGCGUACUGGCUGGGUUUCGGGGCGAGGGAGGGUUGGCCUGGCUUGCGCAUGCGCCUUUUGCAUCGCUCCCUGCCUUUCCUCUCCGCCUGUUCCUGGAGGACCCGGAACCAUGAACAUGGCCCAAGGCACCGUGGGCAGCGACCCGGUCAUCCUGGCCACGGCCGGCUACGAUCACACCGUCCGGUUCUGGCAGGCCCACAGUGGGAUUUGCACCCGGACGGUCCAGCACCAAGACUCGCAGGUCAACGCCCUGGAGAUCACCCCGGACCGCACCAUGAUCGCAGCGGCAGGCUACCAGCACAUUCGAAUGUACGACCUGAACUCCAAUAACCCCAACCCUGUGAUCAACUACGACGGCGUGAGUAAGAACAUAACCUCGGUCGGGUUCCAUGAAGACGGGCGGUGGAUGUACACAGGGGGCGAAGACUACAUGGCCCGCAUCUGGGACCUCAGGUCACGCAACCUUCAGUGCCAGCGCAUUUUCCAAGUGAACGCCCCCAUCAACUGUGUGUGCUUGCACCCCAACCAGGCAGAGCUUAUUGUCGGCGACCAGAGCGGCGCCAUCCACAUCUGGGACCUGAAGACGGACCACAACGAGCAGCUCAUCCCGGAGCCCGAGGUCUCCGUCAACUCCGUUCAUAUCGACCCGGAUGCCAGCUACAUGGCUGCCGUCAACAGUUCGGGGAACUGCUACGUGUGGAAUCUGACCGGCGGCAUUGGAGACGAGGUGACGCAGCUCAUUCCGAAGACCAAGAUCCCCGCGCACAAUCGCUAUGCCCUGCAGUGCAAGUUCAGCCCCGACUCCACGCUGUUGGCGACCUGCUCUGCCGACCAGACUUGCAAGAUCUGGCGGACGUCCAACUUCUCUCUCAUGACUGAGUUGAGCAUCAAGAGCAACAACCCGGGGGAGACCUCUCGUGGGUGGAUGUGGGACUGCGCUUUUUCGGGAGACUCUCAGUACAUUGUCACAGCCUCUUCAGAUAACCUGGCCAGACUGUGGUGCGUGGAAACCGGCGAGAUCAAGAGGGAAUACAGUGGCCACCAGAAAGCGGUUGUCUGCCUCGCCUUCAACGACAGCGUCUUGGGCUGAGGCCUCGGCGGCAGGGGCGGAGGGGGGGGUGAUCUGCAAACAGGGGAGGCCUCCCGACACCUUCCAUGCAAGCGGUGGGGGGGCUGCCAUGUUCUGUGGGGCUGGCUCUCCCCCAGCUUCCUCAGUGGGGUGAAGCUGAAUCUAGAAAAAACGGACUUAAUGUGAUGGGGGCUGUCUGGACCCUUUGCCUGGCGGGGGAAAGGAUGCGAAACAUGCAGCUGACCUUCCACUUCAUCUGCUAUUUGAAUUGGUUGAAGGCACCCCCCCCCCCAAGC